UUUCAUCACUUCUCAAGAGGCCCUCUUUCACCGCUUUGGUUCAAACAAUCUCCCCCCUCACGAAUAACCGACAGCAUCAGAACAGAUAUUUGUGAAGCAAGGAGACGAUCGAAAAGAUAGGUCCGGUAGAAUGAAGCGGAAGGCGCCGACAUCAUCUGCAGACGACGUGGAGGCUCCGGUCAGGAGGAAGUCUGCCCGACUCACAGGCUCGACGGCACCAGUUGCAUCUGCGACGCAAUCUUCAACACCAAGUAAAACUGCCACUCAAACCAAGCUGUCAUUUUCUCCGCCAAAGCCAACGCUAGCCUCCGUUUCCGCUGAGUCAACAAUGGUGGCCGUAGCGUCGGCCGUUCGGACCAUAUCGGCGAGACAAGCCACGUAUCUCCGGUUAGUGUCAAAUCACCUUAUCGAAAGCAAAUUAUCACCGACGGCUACUUCAGCCGUCUUCAUUACGAAAAAGUUGUUUGGCGUCCAGGCGCAGGAGGCAUUGUCUGGUUUCAUGUCCAUACAUAGCCGGUUCGCGAGACGACCGACAAAAGAAAGCCCGCCCACAACGGGCUGUGUUUCGCUAGAAGUAGAAAGUGCCAGCACGCUCACAGCGCUCCAAUCCCUGGUCCUCUCCGAAAAAACGCCGCUGGUCCGCAUCUGGGCCCAGCGAUGCACCUUACAUCUCUUCGCGUACGAUGAUUGGCACAUCGUUUCAUCUGCCUUCAAGGCAAAGAUCUUUGCGACCCGCACCAACUCGAUUCGUUUGGGCAACGUUACGGGGAAAGAUUCCUCAGCGCAAUUCAUCAAAGCGCAGAAAGCGGUGAAGGAGAAGCUGGAGAGGGGGGAGAACGUGACCAGGAAAACGGUGGAGGAGAUGGGAUUUGAUGGGGCGUUGAGUUACAGCUUGUUCAUGUGCGCGACGCUACUGAGGCAGGGUUCGAAAGCCGAGGUUAAUGCAGGAGCGGCUGCUGAGCUCAAGCCGCGAUAUAUACCAGAAGGCGAGGAGGAACCGCAUGUGGAGAUGGCCAAGGAUGCUGCUUUGAAAGAGAUUGCGCGACGGUAUUUCGAAGCGCAUGGGCCCGCUCAAGAGAUCGAUUUUAGGUAUCAUUAUGACUUGCCGGCUGGGGAUUCCAAACCUGCGGUCAAGCAUCUAAUCGACCAAGGGCUAAUACAGUCAGUCGUCGUCACACCACGUACGCCGCCGCCUCCUUCCGCAGCCAAGUUGAAGGCGAAAAGUGCUGGCCAGCCCACACCGCACUACAUCUCCACUACAGCGCACAAUAUGUACCUUGCACCCAUAGCCGCACCGCCGCUCCCUGCCCAUCCCCAUAUUCCCACAUUACUCCUCUCCCGCUUCGACCCAGCAUUGCUCGCCCACAAGGACAAAUCCAUCUGGGUCGAUGACGACCGAAAGUACCUAGUAUGGACCAAGAACGGGUUGAUUAACGGCACGGUGUUUGUGGACGGGCGCGUGCAGGGUACGUGGAAGGUGAAAUACCUCGAGGGCGAGGGUGGCGGGGUGGGCGGUGUGAGGAUUGUUGUGGAGAUGUUUGAGGGUGUUGAAGUUGGGGAUGAGGUCAAGCGCGAUAUUGAGGAGGAGGCGGAGAGAGUGAGAGCGUUUUUGGACGCGCCGAAGGUUGUGGUCGGGUAUGAUUAGAGAUUAACGCGCGUGGGAGAAAGGAGUGAGACGCUUCAAGCAUUGAUACUGGUCUCGACGAGCAACCUGACGGGGCGCUGGUCGCUCUCACAAAUGAGAGGUGCCGCGACGGUGGGAGAAAACCGAGGGUC